UGACAGUUCAUGGAGAAAUCGCGGAGAACCUUUGCUCAUCUUCUCUCUCGCCGUGGAAGCAGCCACUGCGAUGCCUUUCUCAGCCGCUGCUUCCCGCCAUUUCUCUGCAGCCUCUUCACCUUCACUUCCACCCCACAAAACCCUCUUCUCCAUUUCCAGAAAAUCAACCAAGUUCUGCUCCUCCUGGGCUGGCCCAUCUCUAUCCGUUGCCGUCUCUCUCAGGAAUUCGUUCACUAGAGAGAUAUGGAGCUUGGUGAAUUCCAGCAGUGUUGUUACUGUAAGAAGGGAUAUGCGUGGCAUUAUCAGGGCAGAAAUGUUUGGUCAGCUUACAAGUGGCCUGGAGGCAGCUUGGAACAAGCUCAAAGGAGAAGAGGUCUUGACCAAGGAAAACAUCGUGGAACCAAUGCGAGACAUUAGGAGAGCGCUAUUAGAAGCAGAUGUAAGCCUUCCUGUUGUUAGAAGGUUUGUGCAAUCUGUAAGUGAACAAGCUGUUGGCGUUGGCUUGAUUCGUGGUGUGAAACCAGAUCAGCAAUUGGUCAAGAUUGUACAUGAUGAACUUGUAAAAUUGAUGGGAGGAGAGGUUUCUGAACUGGUUUUUGCUAAAUCUGGGCCCACAGUAAUUUUAUUGGCUGGUCUACAAGGUGUUGGAAAGACAACUGUUUGUGCAAAGCUAGCUUUUUACCUUAAGAAACAGGGGAAGACUUGCAUGCUGAUUGCAGGAGAUGUUUACAGACCUGCUGCAAUUGAUCAACUUGUUAUUUUGGGUGAACAGGUGGAUGUUCCUGUUUAUACAGCUGGAACUGGGGUUAAACCUGCAGAAAUCGCUAGACAAGGUCUAGAGGAGGCCAAAAGGAAGAACAUAGAUGUGGUCAUAGUGGAUACAGCUGGGAGACUUCAGAUAGACAAGUCAAUGAUGGAUGAAUUGAAAGAAGUCAAACGUGCAUUGAAUCCCACAGAAGUUUUGCUUGUUGUCGAUGCAAUGACUGGCCAAGAAGCUGCAGCUCUGGUCACAACAUUCAAUCUUGAAAUUGGAAUUACUGGUGCCAUCUUGACAAAGCUCGAUGGAGAUUCCAGAGGUGGAGCUGCUUUGAGUGUUAAAGAGGUAUCAGGAAAGCCAAUCAAACUUGUAGGGCGGGGAGAGCGCAUGGAGGACCUGGAACCUUUCUACCCAGAUCGUAUGGCAGGAAGAAUUUUAGGAAUGGGAGAUGUUCUCUCAUUUGUGGAGAAGGCACAAGAAGUUAUGCGCCAAGAAGAUGCUGAAGAAUUGCAGAAGAAGAUCAUGAGUGCAAAAUUUGAUUUUAAUGAUUUCUUAAAGCAAACCCGAGCUGUUGCACGUAUGGGUUCCAUGAGCCGUGUUAUUGGAAUGAUUCCAGGCAUGAGCAAGAUCACUCCUGCACAAAUUCGAGAAGCAGAGAAGAGCUUGAAGAUAAUGGAAGCAAUGAUUGAAGCAAUGACACCGGAGGAAAGGGAGAAACCAGAGUUGCUGGCAGAAUCUCCUGCUAGGAGAAAGCAAAUUGCUAAAGAUUCUGGUAAAACAGAGCAGCAGGUAAGCCAACUUGUUGCUCAACUUUUUCAAAUGCGGGUUCGGAUGAAGAAUUUAAUGGGUGUAAUGGAAGGUGGAUCUAUUCCUGCGCUAAGUAAUCUUGAGGAGGCUCUUAAAUCUGAACAAAAGGCUCCUCCUGGGACUGCACGGAGGAAGAGGAGGUCAGAAUCAAGGAAGCAGUUUGUAGAUUCGGCGUCCGCAAGGCCAAGUCCUCGGGGUUUUGGGGCCAGGAAUUGAGCAUCCAACCUUCACCCGAAAGAGAAUGAAGACUAGAGAUUAAGGGCUGCUGGCUCUCUGUUUGUAUCUUUUCUCAUUGGCUUUCUACUUAACAUGGAACAACAGAGAGUUCCCAGAUUUUCCCAGCUGGGAGUCUGAGCAUGUAACUGGUUCUGGAAGUGGGCAUUAACAGAGAUGAUUCGGGGCUUGUUCUUAAUCUGAAUCUAUUGUUUCAUGUGUA